GCGGGACUUCUUGUGCCACGUUGAUGGAGACCAGUGGAGACGUGGAAUUCUCGCUGUGUUUAACCGGGAUAGCCGCUAACUCUGAUCAGGGAUCUCAAAUCAACUAAGAAAGGCAAACAUUAGGCUGCCGAUUACAGUUUUAAACCCAUUUUGACAGCUUGAAUGAGUUUGUGCAUGCUCGUGAGCAGUGCUAAGAGGGAAGGAUGAAGCUGAAAGAGAUAAACCGCACCGCCAUUCAGGCUUGGAGCCCAGCUCAGCACCACCCGAUUUACUUGGCUGCAGGAACAUCUGCUCAGCAGCUUGAUGCUACAUUUAGCACCAAUGCAUCAUUGGAGAUCUUCGAACUAGACCUGGCGGAGCCUACUUUGGCCAUGAAGUCAUGUGGUGCUUUCUCCUCACCCCACAGAUACCACAAGCUGGUUUGGGGCCCACAUGGCAUCAAUGAUCAGGGAAUGCCUUCUGGAGUGCUCAUAGCUGGAGGAGAGACCGGUAACAUCAUUCUCUAUGAUCCUUCCAAGAUCAUUGCUGGUGACAGUGAAGUGGUCAUUGCUCAGAGUGAUAAACACACGGGGCCUGUACGAGCAUUAGAUGUCAACUCAUUUCAGACAAAUCUGGUUGCAUCUGGAGGUAAUGAGUCUGAGAUCUACAUCUGGGAUUUGAACAGCUUCAGUACCCCAAUGACUCCAGGACCGAAGUCACAGCCUCUGGAGGACAUUAGCUGCGUAGCAUGGAACUGCCAGGUGCAGCACAUCCUUGCCUCAGCCAGCCCCAGCGGCAGAGCCUCCAUCUGGGACCUUAGGAAAAAUGAUCUCAUUAUCAAAGUCAGCGACCACAGCAACAGGAUGCAUUGCUCUGGUCUGGCGUGGAAUCCAGAUGUUGCCACUCAGCUGGUGUUGGCCUCUGAAGAUGACCGAAUGCCUGUCAUCCAAAUGUGGGAUCUGCGCUUCGCCACCUCACCUCUCAAAGUCCUAGAGAACCACACAAGGGGUGUUCUGGCUAUUGCUUGGAGUUUGGCUGACCCUGAGUUUCUGCUUAGUUGUGGGAAAGAUAACCGAAUCCUCUGUUGGAACCCCAACAAUUCUGAAGUCCUGUAUGAGCUCCCAACCUCUCAGUGGUGCUUCGACAUCCAGUGGUGCCCCAGAAACCCAGCUGUUCUGUCUGCUGCUUCUUUCGAUGGCCGUAUCAGCAUCUACUCAAUCAUGGGAGGCAAUAAUGAUGCUGUCAGCAGUGCCCAGGCUGAUCAGAUAAGUUCCUCAUUUGCCAACAUGGAUCCCUUUGGCACAGGCCAGACAUUACCCCCACUGCAGCUGCCUCAAACCACCAGUGCUAAUAGCACUGUCACACCACUGAAGAAACCCCCCAAAUGGAUCCGAAGACCAGUGGGGGCUUCCUUCGCUUUUGGUGGUAAACUCGUCUCACUGGAAAACAUCAAACCAGCGGCCCAACAACCCCAGCAGCCCACGGCCCAUGUUGUCCACAUUAGCCAGGUUGUCACUGAUACUGAUUUUUUGGAUCGCUCAAACCAACUUCAGGCCACGCUUACUGCUGGAAGCUUUGUGGGAUUCUGCCAAAAGAAGAUUGAAGCUGCACAGAACGAGUUUGAGAAGUCUAUUUGGGCUUUCUUAAAGGUCCACUUUGAAGAUGAUGCCCGGGGCAAAUACUUGGAACUUCUGGGAUACAAGAAGGAGGAACUAGCGAUUAAGAUCGCUUCAGCAUUAGAAAAGAAAGAUCCCAAAUCAAAUGAAGACAAUGAGAGUUCCUUCGCUUCUGUACUUGACCCAACCAUCGCACCUGUUUGUAAUCCUGCACCUGGACUACAUAUGAUUCCAUUGACCGAGCUUGAUCCCGCUGCUUUUGCCCCACUCAGACUUUCUGAAAUUCUGCAUGGGGAACCUGCAUACCAGCCACUGAUUGAGGAUGGUGUGCAGGUUUCGAAAGAACCAUUGCUCGAUCUCAUUCCUGAUGCCAGUGUCAAGCAUGUUCCUGACCUCAAAGCCAAACCAGACCUUUCCUUUCCAUCUGCGUCACUGGUUGAUUUCUCCCUGUCAUCUGACCUCAUCCCAACAUCUGAUCCUGUAUCUGCGUUUGUGCCAACAUAUCCUGUUAAACCAUCUCCUCAUAUGACACAGCAGUUUGACCAGUUUAUAUCUGAAGCCCAGCCAAAACUGGUGCCUCAAAAUGCACCUUCUGGAGCUUUACAUGAACCUGAGUCUGAUGUGGUUUCUCUAGAUGAAGAGACUUUAACUCACUCUGUGUCUGCCCUGGCUCCACAAGAGUCUGAGGUAGAUUUACCAGUCGUUGAUCUUCAGCUAUCAGCACCAGCUGUAGAUACAAGUUGUGAUUCCGAAACAAAGGUUGUUCCAACAUGCAUCGGUGACCUCUGUGCAUCAGCAACAGUUCUAGACACUGUCAUUGACCAACCACAGUCUAUUCUAUUAUUAAGUCCUCUUGUGGGCUCAGAAGAACCAGUAUUAGUACCGUCUGCUGAUCAGCAGUCCUAUUCCUCUUGUAGCCUCAUAGGUGAGGCUGGCUUUCGGUUAGAAUUUGCAGCACCAGCAUCCCUCCAGCAUGUAUCGGGAUUCUUACCACAACUUGACCCACAGCCUGUUCCCAUGUUUCCACCACCCAUUAUGUCACAGCAACCUGAAAUCGAAUUGACUCCAACGGAUGAGUCAGACGUUGCCCCCCAGACGGACACCGCUCUUCCUGUUAAUGGUCAGCCAGUAGAUGAGCUGAAUCUGAGUGCUGAACUGUUGGCUGAAGAGGAAGCCAAAGAGGAGCCAGCACUGCCAGAGGAGGUGGAGGAGAAUGGAGACUUAACAGCAGAAGAUGCCUCUGCAGCUGAGGAGAGCCCAGAGCUUGCAGAGAUUCCUGUUGUUGAAGAGAAACCAGUUCAGCCGAUCUCCUCUAACAUCAAUGCUAAACGAGAUGUUGAUGGACUGAUCACCCAAGCACUCCUCAUUGGGGACUUUGAGGCUGCUGUCAACCUUUGUCUCCAUGACAACCGGAUGGCAGAUGCAAUCAUCCUAGCCAUCGCUGGUGGACCAGAGCUUCUUGAAAAAACCCAGAAAAAAUAUUUGACUAAAACUCAAAGCAAAAUUGGGAAGAUCAUCAGUGCCGUUGUAAUGAGGGACUGGAUGAAUAUACUUGAGACGUGUGAUCUUCAGAACUGGAAGGAGGCUUUGGCUGCUGUAAUGACCUAUGCCAAACCUGAGGAGUUUUCCACCCUAUGUGGGCUGCUGGGCUCCAGGUUGGAGGCAGCUGAAGAGUCUGCUCUGCAGGUGCAAGCCUGUCUCUGUUACAUCUGUGCUGGUAGUGUAGAGCAGCUGGUGUCCUGCUGGUCCAAAGCACAAGAUUCUAGCAGCCCUCUCUCACUGCAGGACCUGGUGGAAAAAGUGGUGAUUCUACGGCAGGCUGUGGAGAAGACUCAGGGUGGAGUGGCCCCUGCUGUAGGUGCCCUGUUGGCAGAAAAGAUGAGUCAGUAUGCCAGCCUCUUGGCCUCUCAGGGCAGCCUGCAAACUGCUAUGUCCUACCUGCCCACCAACACAGAUCAGGUUGCAGUGCAACAGUUGCGAGAGCGCCUGAGCAGAGCAUUAGGUCAGCACGGAGUAGCGCCUGUACAGAACAGACAUCCAGUGGCUCCUGCUGCUGUGCCUCAACAAGUAUACACACCAAUCCAACCUCAAACUCAACCACUGCCUCCUCAGCCCACUCCUGCUGCUCCUACACAACAGUAUUACCAGGUUAGGGCUGCCUCUACUGUCACUUCCUGGAGUAACCAAACCCCAACCGUUCUGCCCAGUGCCCCUCCUCCGCUAGCCUCAGCCAAAGACCUGCAGGCUGAGCCAAAACCUGCACCUUUCCCUAUGCAGGCUCCAGUGAGCGCAAGUCCUGCUGUAUCCAGUGCAUUCAUGUACUCGCAGCACUAUCAGAACUACCCCCAGGUCCAGCAGUUCACGCAUGGUGCUGGGGGACCAGCAAUCUAUCAACCUCUCCAGUACUCCUCCUCUACAUCUACUCCUCUUCCUCCUCCACCUUCAUCAUCUGCUGCUGCUCCUUUCUACCCCUCUCAGUUCAUGCCUCCUGCCUCAUCUCAGGCAGUACCGUCCACCUUCCCCAGACCUCCUUUCUCUGCAAGCCAACAGGCUCCCACUGCACCACCUCUCUCUUCCACCUCCACUGCUUCCUUCUCUCCUCCUCCUUUCUCCUCGGGAGUCUCGUUCCAGCACGGCGGGCCGGGUUCUCCCACUGCCUUCCUCCCACCUCCACCAACCGGAGCCUCAGGUACUCAGGCUGAGCCCGACAUGAUCCCAGCCUCCCAGAGAACAGGAGGAAUCACCCAAGAUGUAACAUGGGUUUUGGAAGGGCCUCAGAACGGCUGGAACGAUCCUCCUGCUCUCCUCCGAGGAACUAAGAAGAAGAAGGUGCCAGAAAACUACACUCCUCCAGCUCCAAUCACAGCGCCUAUUAUGGCUCCACUGGGAGAGCCGCAGCCUGUAGCCACCAUGCAGCCUUCUCUUCAGCCACAACAGCUUCCUCCACAGCCAGCUGGCAUUCCUGCUCCCUUCAACCCCAUCCAGCAGCAGCCACUGGCUCCUACACUCAGAAACCCCGCCAUACCCAGCAUGCCUGUGGAGGGAGCACCAGGAGCGCCCACUGGGGACGUCAUACAGCCAAUGCAGUCCCUCCCUACUGAGAAAAUCACGAAGAAGCCCAUUCCAGAUGAACACCUCAUUCUCAAAACAACAUUCGAGGGCCUGAUCCAGAAGUGCUUGGCUGCUGCCACAGAUCCUCAAACCAAGAGGAAGUUGGAUGAUGCCAACAAGAGACUAGAGUCCCUUUAUGACAAACUGAGAGAGCAAACUCUUUCUCCAGCCAUCGUGGGCGGCCUUCACAACAUGGCUCGGAGCAUCGAGUCCCGAGCCUACACCGACGGCCUCAACAUCCACACGCACAUCGUCAGCAACAGUAACUUCAGCGAGACCUCCGCCUUCAUGCCAGUCUUGAAGGUGGUGCUAACACAAGCUAAUAAGCUGGGUGUCUGAUGUCAUGUGCACAUAUACAGUUCUCACCAGUAUUCCCCGCAACUCCAACACAAGCCAUCAGUCAAUAAGGACCAACUUGUAUUGACACGCUUCGCCAAUCUUAAAUCUGGAACAGGGCAUUCCAGUUUACAGGCGUUCUUUACUUCUUUUUUUUUUUCUUUUUCUUUUCUUUUUUUUUUUAGUUAGUUUUUGGUUGUGUAUAUGUUUAUGUUGCCAUUAUUUCAUAUGUGUAAUUGUGGCAGAGCAGAGUGCAAUGGGGGUGUUUCCCCCUUUUUUUUUUUCUUUUUCUUUCUUUCUUUUUUUUCUUUUUUUCUUUUUAUUCGAGUCAAUGCAUGUUUUUGGCCAACUCAUCGGUUUUCCAUCCUGGAGAAAUCAAUCACAUGUCUGACUGGAUUUGACGGAUAAUUGCUGUUAUGUAAUUGAGCUCUGGUUUAUCAUUUUAGAUUUUUGUUUCUUUCCAGUUUUUGUCAGCAAGAAUUUUAGGCUAUUGCUUUGUGUGCUAAUUAGAAGCCUCGCCAUUUCAGUGAUGUUCAUUGCAAUUUCCUGCAAAAAAAAAAAUGUAAUUGCAUUUUAUCCGUUUACCAAGGUCUACAUGCAGUCUUGGUGACAAGGAAAUAUUUUCAAUAAAUGUUAUUUAUUUAAAUCUUUUAAGAUUUGAGUUAAUCAGUAACUAAUACAGCAUUGGCAAACCAACGCUGCCUAGAUAUAUGGCUGUCUAGUUUUACAUCCUUCUGUAGUAAUUUGAAAACAUGACGCCACAGUUAGGUGUCUGAAUUCCUUUCAGAAAAUAUCGCCGCUGUCUACUGCAGAAAAGGUGGAAAGAAAUGUGCUAGACUCACUGUGGUUCUUCUUUUAAACCAGGAAAUGUUUUGAAAGUAAAGGAAAUAUUUUAGCGCUCUAUAUUACCAAAUCUUUUGACGCUUGUAUCAUGUACUUGCAAAUGAUAGCACGAUGUUUUAGAGGCACUGCUGGUUUAAACACUACGGAACGGUAUCACAGAAAGUAAACUAGCCCAUGGUAACAUCAAUGUAAUAAUUCUCACCACUCCUGUUUGAACUCUUAUUUUGUAUACAAAUUCUGUACCUUAGAAAUUUUGAAAGGCAAUCAAUGCACAAUGUUUAAAAUGACCAUUGUAAAAAUUGGAAGGAGGGUGUUUGCGUUUUAAUGAAGUGGUCAAAUAAAAUGCUCAAUAUUUCUCAA